AUGAUUGUCGUCACUGGGGGAGCGAGCUUCAUUGGCUCGAAUUUGGUCAAGGAGCUGAACAACCGUGGCUUCAGCAACAUCGUCGUAGUCGAUGACCUUGGCACUGAUGGCGCUAAAUUUCGCAACCUAGCUGACUGUCAGAUCACUGAUCUGAUUUCGCCCUCCGAUUUCCGUGCUGCUAUCUGCAACAAAACCUCCACCAUUGGGACUACUGAAUUCAGGGCUCUCAGCCGCAACAAGCAGUUCCUCACGCAGACCCGCAUUGUCUACCACUACGGUGGCGCAUCUGCCGAAGCCAGCGGCGCUGAUGUAAUGGAUGCUUACUUCACCUACGCAAAGGAAGUGCUCAACUGGUGCCAGGUGUUGAAGAUCCGAUUCAUCUACGCCUCUUCCUCUGCUGUCUAUGGAGCUGGCCCAAACUUCAGUGACAGGGACGGCAAAGAAGCCCCUCUGACUCCCAAGGGCUACUGCCACCUGCUCUUUGACCAGUACGCCGUGAAGAACAAGCAGAAUCCUAGUCAGCAGGUCACUGGUCUUCGCCUCUUCAACGUCUACGGACCUGCCGAGCAAUACAAGGGCACCAAGGCUAGCGUUGUCAACCAAUUCUACAACAAACGCAUGGAGUUCAAGGCGGUCGAGCUUUUCGGAGAAUACGCGGGAUAUGAAGCUGGACAGCAGAAGCGCGACUUUGUUCACGUGGAGGAUGUGGCUCGCCUAAACUGCUGGUUCUAUGACCACCCCGAAGCCGAGGGAAUUUACAACGUCGGCACUGGCAAGGCAAGAUCUUUCAAGGAGGUCGCCACGCAGGUUGUUGGCCACUUCGGCAGUCCAGAGGGAUACAUCCGCAACGUCCAGUUCCCUCACCAUUUGAAGGGAAGUUACCAGAACACCACCUGUGCCGAUAUCUCCAGCCUUCGUUGCAAGAAUGCGCGCAUGGUCUUCCGUGACAUUGAGAAAGGUAUUCCUGAGUACAUGGAGUGGCUUGAUGGUACCUUGUUCAACCACCAAAAGCAGGCCGAGAAGGAGUGA